UGUUAGAAAGCCUUCUUGCACCCCCUGGUGCUCUGGCGUUUUGUGUGGUAGGCAAGGAGAUUUGUCUCUCUCUCUCUUCUCUCUCUCUCUGGUUGCUCAUUAUUCAGAGAGAGAGAGAGAGACAGAGAGAGAGAGACGGAUAUCUCAGGUCAUCUGCAGCUGCAGCAAGCCAGUGAAGGAGAGAGAGAGAGAGAGAGGGAGAGGGAAAGAGAGGGGGGAGGAAGAGAAGAAGAAGAAGCAGGGGAGAGGAGGAGGAAGAAAAAAAAAAGCAGGGAAAAAGAUGGCGAUCCUCCAUUGCUGAGACCUGGCAAGGAGCACAUGAGACUAGCAAAAACAACUUCCACAACAAUUGCAAGGAGGAGGAAGAGGAGGAGGAGGAGAAGGAGGAGGAGAGGGACGAGACCAGCACCAGGACCUUUCUGAACCAGCAAUUUGAGUGCUAAGCAGGAUUCAUAGCCCUGUUCAAUCAUGGAAACCCACUUGGUGAUCCUCAGCAAAUCAGACUCUCGGUCUUAGAGAAAGGAUUUCCUGAUGUAAGACUUACCCAUAAGAACAAUGGAGGUGCUGCAGUGUGAUGGCUGUGAUUUUCGAGCGCCAUCCUAUGAAGAUCUCAAAGCUCAUAUUCAGGAUGUUCAUACGGCAUUUCUGCAGCCCACAGAUGUUGCUGAGGAAACUCCUAGCCAGUCAAGGUUUGGCUCCAUGAACAGCACUGACCAGGCUGAUGUGGAAUAUUCUUCUGUAAAAGAUGAAUUUGCAAUUGCAGAUGAGAUAGCAGGGCAAAAUGCAGCUCAGCUGGGAACUGCAAAUUACUACAGCCAUAGCCAGAAUUAUUAUGGCCAACAUAUGCUCUCCAAGCCAGCAAACAAAUUUUUCCAGUGCAAAUUCUGUGUGCGCUAUUUCAGAUCCAAAAACCUUCUCAUAGAGCACACACGAAAAGUUCAUGGUGCUCAGGCUGGAGGAUCACCAGCUGGAUCACCUGGCUCCAUGAAUUACAACAUUAUGAUGCAUGAAGGCUUUGGUAAGGUUUUUUCUUGCCAGUUCUGCACCUACAAAUCUCCGAGGCGUGCAAGGAUUAUCAAACACCAGAAGAUGUACCACAAGAACAGUUUGAAGGAGAGCUCCACGCCUCCUGCCACUUCAGCAGCUUUAUCUGAAUCGGCAUCUACAUCUGUAUCAGUGCAGGACUCAUGCAAGGAGCUUCCAGCUGAAGUUGUAGAGCGCAGUAUCUUAGAGUCGAUGGUCAAGCCUUUAACUAAGUCAAGAGGUAACUUCUGUUGUGAAUGGUGUAGUUACCAGACGCCUCGAAGGGAACGCUGGUGUGAUCAUAUGAUGAAGAAACAUCGCAGCAUGGUGAAAAUACUCUCAAGUCUGAGGCAGCAACAGGAUGGGACCAAUAUGCCAGAAGGCUCGAGCAAAAGUCCACCAAGCCCCACCUCAAACUCUAAUUAUAUCCCCAUGAAUGCUUCUGGACGAGAGAUGCCUAAUGCAAAUGUCCCAAACUACAGAAGUUCUAUGAACAAUUCCCUUGGCAGGUCCAAUUCUUCUUCAAAAUUUUCUUCUGUUUCUUAUCCACAUUUGAAACAUAAGGCACCUCACAACUCGGGCAUGGUUAAUAUGUCUGACAGAUCUCGAUAUGGGAUUGGCGACAUGGCAAAUUCUUCUGCUGAUAUGGAUACAAACAGUAUGCUAAACGACUCCAGUUCUGAUGAUGAGCUGAAUGAACUAGACAGUGAGAAUGGGUUGAACUCCAUGGAUCACCAAAGCUCAGGAUUAACUGCAGAGCAACUGAUGGGAUCUGAGGGCCACAAGUUAUUGGAAACAAAGGGGAUCCCAUUUAGAAGGUUCAUGAAUAGGUUCCAGUGUCCUUUCUGCCCUUUCCUUACCAUGCAUCGGCGGAGCAUUUCCCGCCAUAUUGAAAACAUCCAUCUGUCAGGCAAGACAGCAGUAUACAAAUGUGAUGAAUGUCCUUUCACUUGUAAGAGCUCAUUCAAACUAGGAGCUCACAAACAGUGUCAUAGUGGUGCAGCAUCAGACUGGGAUGCAGUAAAUUCCCAAACUGAGAGUAUAGCCUCUUCUUUAAAUGAAAGCACAGUAUCCUAUGAAGGGGGUAAUAUAAAUGGUAGGAAAUCUGGAGGAAUUAUGGAUUCCUUACAGCAACAGCAACAGUCUCCACAAUCCAACUCACAGCACCCAUAUAAAUGUACCAUGUGCAAUUAUUCCACAACCACUUUGAAAGGUCUUCGAGUUCAUCAGCAGCACAAACACUCAUUUUGUGACAAUUUACCAAAAUACGAGGGUGCUUCAUCAAAUACUCCUCAAGACAGUGAACCUGAUACUCUUGUCUCUCCUAGCACUGUGAAGAAAAGCCAGACCUCAAUUCUUGGACUAUCUUCUAAAAACAACUUCGUAGCUAAAGCCUCUAGAAAGAUGUCCAAUGAUUUCCCCCUCGAUCUGUCACCAGUAAAGAAGAGAACUAGAAUUGAUGAGAUAGCAAGCAACUUGCAAAGCAAAAUCAGUCAAAACAAGCAGCAGGAAGAUGCAGUAAUCAACGUGGAGGAUGAGGAAGAGGAAGAAGAAGAGAAUGAAGUAGAGAUAGAAGUAGAACUAGACAAGGAGGAAGAACAAGCAGAACCACUGAUGGACAUAGCAUCGUUUGCUUCCCAACAAAUGUGGGGAAGAGAUACUAGUGACACCCAGAAAGAGUCCAACUACAGGAAUAUUGCCCAUGACUAUAAUUCCACCAAUGGGGCCGAAAUAGAGCUCACUAUAUCUGAGGAUGAGGAAGAUUAUUAUUGUUCUUCAAUUGGCUUGAAGGAGCAGGGCUUGAAUUCAUCUGUUUUGGGCAGCCAGUCAAGUAUAUAUGGAUCAGAUCAAAACAAUGAUAAUUCUGAUUAUGGUGAUUCUGGGCGGCUUUACUAUUGUAAACACUGUGACUUCAGCAACAAGUCUGCCAGGAGUGUUAGCACUCAUUACCAGCGGAUGCAUCCCUACAUUAAAUUCAGCUUUAGGUAUAUCCUAGAUCCUAAUGAUCACAGUGCAGUGUACAGAUGUCUUGAAUGUUACAUUGAUUAUACAAACUUUGAAGACCUACAACAACAUUAUGGUGAGCAUCAUCCUGAAGCAAUGAAUGUACUAAAUUUUGAUCAUUCUGAUUUGAUCUAUCGCUGCCGCUUCUGCUCUUACACCAGCCCGAAUGUUAGAAGUUUAAUGCCGCAUUACCAAAGAAUGCAUCCAACCGUGAAAAUUAACAAUGCAAUGAUAUUCUCGAGCUAUGUAGUUGAGCAACAGGAGAGUUUAAGCUCAGAGUCUCAGACUUUGAGAGAGAUCUUGAACUCAGCUCCCAAAAGUCUAGCUAGUUCGCCCCCAGUUGCACGUGGGACUAGUGUACCGGGUGCUUUUAACAAAAACUCUCCAAAAGGCAACAGCCCAGAAUCUGAAAGCCAGAAAGAGUCAUCAGUAAAUAGUGUUGUAGUUUAUGACUGUGAUGUCUGCUCAUUUGCUAGUCCUAAUAUGCAUUCUGUCCUAGUGCAUUACCAGAAAAAACAUCCAGAAGAAAAGGCUUCCUACUUCAGGAUUCAGAAGACCAUGCGCAUAGUGUCUGUGGAAAGGGGCUCUGCUCUGGCUCAGAUGGCCUAUGAAAUGGGAUCUCCUGUUUCCCCCAAAAUGUCCAACUUGCCUUCACAGCUCCCACCUCCACCACCUCCAGACCUUAUCACUGAGCUUUACUACUGCAAACAUUGCUCUUAUAGCAACCGGUCAGUGGUCGGAGUGUUAGUGCAUUACCAGAAAAGGCAUCCAGAGAUAAAAGUUACUGCAAAAUAUAUUAGACAGGCACCUCCCACUGCAGCGAUGGUGCGAGCUGGAGAGAUGUCUCCUGGUAUCCAUAGACCACCAGGAUCUAUGCAUCAGCUUAAUAGAGGCAGUUCGGGGAGUGCUGUAGCACCCUCAGAGAAUGAGAUGUUCUUCUGCCAGCACUGUGAUUAUGGAAACCGGACUGUGAAAGGAGUGCUCAUACAUUACCAAAAGAAGCACCGUGAUUUCAAAGCCAAUGCUGAUGUGAUUAGACAGCACACUGCCACAAUCAGAAGCCUUUGUGAUCCUGGCCAGAAAAACUCCCCUGGUGGCAUGCAGACACCAGCUUCCAAUGCUGAGCGAGAAAAGGCCAAGCUGAGAGCUCUCAAAUGCCGGCAGUGUUCUUAUACAUCUCCUUAUUUCUAUGCACUAAGGAAGCACAUUAAAAAGGACCACGCAAGCUUGAAGGCUACAGUCACAUCUAUUUUGCGAUGGGCAUUUUUGGAUGGCUUAAUAGAAGCUGGAUAUCAUUGUGAAUGGUGUAUCUAUUCUCAUGCCGAGCCCAGCGGCUUGCUUGUGCAUUACCAAAGGCGACAUCCUGAGCAUUAUGUGGACUAUACCUAUAUGGCAACAAAGCUCUGGGCAGGGCCAGAUCCUUCACCUCCAGCCUUGUUGAUACCCUCGGAGAUGAAAACAUAUAAAUGCAGAGAUUGCAUUUUUGAAGCCUCUUCCAUUUGGGACAUUACUAAUCACUACCAAGCAUUUCACCCUUGGGCUAUGAAUGGGGAUGAAUCUGUAUUGCUAGAUAUCAUUAAGGAGAAAGAUGCUGCUGAUAAAGCCAACCCAGCAGCCAAUGAUAUUGGUGCUAGGAUAAAUUCAGAGGACCAUUUGCCAGUAUCACAGAUGGACCAGGAUGCCGAAUACGCUGACGAUUCAAACCUUUCACAAGAUAAAGCAAUCCAGCUCACCUCUGUGAACCCUGCAAUAUCUUCAACACCAUACCAGUGCACAGUUUGCCAAUCAGAAUACAACAACUUACAUGGACUUCUGACUCACUAUGGCAAAAAACAUCCUGGGAUGAAAGUGAAAGCUGCAGAUUUUGCACAAGACAUCGAUAUUAAUCCAGGAGCUGUGUACAAAUGUAGGCAUUGUCCAUACAUUAAUACACGUAUCCACGGUGUUCUUACGCACUACCAGAAAAGGCAUCCUUCAGUUAAGGUCACAGCAGAAGAUUUUGUGCAUGAUGUGGAGCAACCUGCUGACAUGAACCAGAAUGAUGUGGAAGAGACCAGUAGGAUUUUCAAGCAAGGGUAUGGUGCUUACAGGUGUAAAUUGUGCCCUUACACACAUGGCACAUUAGAGAAACUAAAAAUACAUUAUGAGAAAUACCAUAAUCAGCCUGAAUUUGAUGUGUUUGCACAGUCGCCUCCCAAGUUUCCUACUUCCAUGGAACCAGAAAUAGUUACUGAAAUUAAGCCCUCCCCAGAAAUCUUGCCUGAGGAGAUAAUUGGAGAGGAUCUGGUGCCCCCUUCCCACUUUGCAACUUCUCAUUUGGUUUCUCACACUGUAUUCCGGUGCCAGCUCUGUAAGUAUUUUUGCUCCACAAGGAAAGGGAUAGCUAGGCAUUACCGGAUAAAGCACAAUAAUGUACGGGCCCAGCCGGAAGGCAAGAACAACCUCUUUAAAUGUGCUUUGUGUUCCUACACAAAUCCUAUCCGUAAAGGUUUGGCUGCACAUUAUCAGAAGCGUCAUGACAUUGAUGCUUACUAUACACAUUGUUUGGCAGCCUCGAGGACCGUAAGUGACAAACCCAAUAAAGUGAUCAUUCCAUCGCCCCAGAAAGAAGAUUCUCCUCAGUUGAGUGAGGAGCUGAGAAGGGCUGUGGAGAAGAAGAAGUGUUCUCUGUGCUCUUUCCAGUCCUUCAGCAAAAAAGGCAUUGUGUCCCAUUACAUGAAACGCCACCCAGGAGUGUUCCCGAAGAAACAGCAUGCAAGCAAGCUGGGGGGUUACUUCACUGCUGUUUAUGCUGAUGAAUAUGAAAAGCCGCAACCUUCCCCUGAGGAGACCACUGAUUUUGAGAAGCCAGAGGUGGAGGUGGAGGCUCCAGAAAUGGAGUGGCUUCCCUUCCGGUGUGUUAAAUGUUUCAAGCUCUCCUUCAGCUCAGCUGAACUUCUGUGCAUGCAUUACACCGACCACCACAGCAAAGACUUAAAGAGAGACUUUACCAUACUGGGAAGUGGCAUCCGUUUCCCGAACCCCCUCUACCAGUGUCGGCACUGUGAUAGUAAACUGCAUAGCACAGCGGAGCUGACCUCACACUUGAACAGCCACAAUGAGGAAUUCCAGAAGCGUGCCAAACGUCAAGAGAGAAGGAAGCAGCUUCUGAGCAAGCAAAAAUAUGCAGAUGGUGCUUUUGUAGAUUUCAAGCAAGAGAGGCCUUUUGGUAGUUUGGAAGAAGUUCCAAAACUGAAGGAGCGGAAGGUCGUGGGAUACAAGUGUAAAUUUUGUGUGGAAGUUCAUCCAACCCUCCGAGCCAUCUGCAACCAUCUCCGUAAGCAUGUUCAGUAUGGGAAUGGCUCCUCAGUGUCUGCUGCAGUCAAGCAGGAAGUUGAAGAUCCUUCACAUGCAGCUUUCUUGGAGGGUGUUGAGGGAGCCAAAGACCCUGGCAGUAUUGCCACUGUGGAACUUGCAGAAGCUGAAUCUGGACCAUCACUGGAAGAUGAAACCAGACCUGGUGGCUACCACUGCAGCCAGUGUGACCGGGUUUUGAUGUCUAUGCAGGGUCUACGAUCGCAUGAGAGAAGCCACUUGGCAUUGGCCAUGUUUACUCGUGAAGACAAGUACAGCUGCCAGUAUUGCUCCUUUGUCUCUGCUUUCAGGCACAAUUUGGAUCGUCAUAUGCAAGCUCACCAUGGACAUCAUAAACCAUUCCGCUGCAAACUCUGCCCAUUCAAGUCCUCCUAUAAUAGCCGGCUGAAAACCCAUCUGCUUAAAGCUCAUGCUGGUGAACAUGCCUACAAAUGCUCCUCCUGCUCAUUUUCCACCAUGACAAUCAGCCAGCUGAAAGAGCACUCCCUGAAAGUGCAUGGGAAGGCACUGACACUACCAAGACCACGCAUUGUCAGCCUUGUAACCUCGCAUGCUCAACAUGCCUCCAAGAACCACACUACCGCUGAAGAAGUGGAAGACUCUAAUGCUACCUCCUUUUGCAUGGAACUCCAACACGUAGAGGGUGAUGGAGAGAAACUUUUCACCCUCAGCCUUCCUUUAAUGGCAGCAGAACAAAAUCUAUGUCCGAGUUUUCUGAAUGCUGAUUCCUCCUACAAACAAGUCAAGAGAUGGGCAAACUGGAGCGAGCUGCUGAAGUGCAACAAGGAUUCUUCCUACUCGGAGCCUCCAGAUGUCCAGCAGCAAUUGAACCACUACCAGUCAGCAGCUCUGGCAAGGAACAAUAACAACAUUAGCCCCAUCCCUACUUCUGGAGCAGAACAGAAAGCUGAACCCAUCCUAAACUGUGAAUUUUGUGAAUUCUCGUCGGGUUACAUUCAGAGCAUUCGGCGUCAUUACCGUGACAAACAUGGAGGGAAGAAGCUAUUCAAGUGCAAAGAUUGUUCCUUUUAUACUGGCUUUAAAUCUGCUUUUACUAUGCACGUGGAAGCUGGGCAUUCAGCAGUUCCUGAAGAAGGACCCAAAGAUCUCCGCUGUCCUCUCUGUCUGUACCACACCAAAUAUAAACGGAACAUGAUUGACCAUAUCGUCCUUCAUAGAGAAGAGCGAGUGGUUCCCAUAGAAGUGUGCCGUUCCAAGCUGUCCAAAUAUCUGCAGGGAGUCGUUUUCCGCUGUGACAAGUGCACCUUCACCUGCUCCAGUGAUGAGAGCCUACAGCAGCACAUAGAGAAGCACAAUGAGCUGAGACCUUACAAAUGCCAACUCUGCUAUUAUGAGACCAAGCACACAGAUGAGCUGGAUGCCCACCUCCGAGAUGAGCAUAAAGUGAGUCGCAAUUUUGAGCUGGUUGGACGGGUUAACUUAGAUCAGUUGGAACAAAUGAAGGGGAAAGAGGAAACUUCCAGCAGCGAUGAGGAAGAAAAGGAAGAGGAGAUGAGUCCCAAGCCUGAUGAGGGAGAGUCUAUGAGGUUCUCAGAGAACGGGCCACCAGAAAAACGGUUCUCAUGUGAAUUUUGUGGUCGGACAUUUGCAGAGGGCUCCGAGUGGGAAAGGCACGUACUGAGGCAUGGCAUGGCUGUGAAUGAAACCAAUCUGGUGAUUAGUGAAGACAACCAGCCAAAAGAUAACAUAGAAGAGAAUGUGAAGGUACCGUUGGCAGAAGAGAUGGAAAGCAGCACGGAAAUAGUGGUAGACUUUUCCCACACGAAUGAAACUGCCAUCUGUAUUGUUGCUGCUGCUGAUAAAUCACUCCAAGAGAAUACAGAGGCCAAAAGCGAAUGAGCACCUGGUGUGAUUUCAAACAACCUACUUGAACAGUGAUGGAUGGGAUGGGGUGGGGAGGGGGACAAGGAAGAAUCAAAGCUGCUUUUAGGACUGAAUGAUCUAUUUUCAAAGCACUGGUACCUGUGUGUGUGUGUGUGCCCGCGCGUGUGCGCGUGCGUGAGUGCUUGUUUUUGCGUGUGUGUACAUAUAUUAAAUUUAUUUAAUUGAGGACAAAUAAAUAAUGUGGCUCCAUGGCAUCUCUGCGACUCUUCUGGAUCUUGAACAGUGGGAAGUUUCCGUUCAAUUGGACUUGAGGAGCAAACUCGCCAAUGCUAGUUGCAUCAAUACCAUUGUGCUUUGCCACGAACACAUUGGAUCAUUUCAAGGAUGGAAGCAUCACAAGGAUGGAAGAGUGCAGGGGACAAUUUUCAGCGCACAAAUUUGGGCGCUAUUUUUUUCUAAUUUUAAUAUACAUAUUAUGCUUUUCCAGACUGACUGACUUGCUUUAGAAGAAGAAGAAAACAAAACAAAACAAAAACUGUUUUUUGCUUAAAACAGUCACCUGUUUCCUAGUACCUCAGAAUUAACCAAGGGAAAUAUAAAAAAAAAAAAAAUACAAAUCUCUACAUUUGUCAGUACUACCUGUUGUCGUUGUGGUUAAAUGUAGAGAUAGACUGCUGGGCAAGAUGGUGAAUGGAAGAAAAACCACAAAGUUUUAAAACUAAAAGGAAAACAAAAAUUGUGCUCAAAAUCCCUAAUGGGGGGUUUAUUUCUUAAAAUACUGUGAUUUUUUUAAUUAUUUUAGUAAAAAAAAAUACAAAAAAGAGAGAGAGAGAAUUCCUAGAUACCUGUCCGUGACUUGUCAUCUUUUAUUCCAGGUAAGCUGUUUGUUAGCGUUCUGCUAUGAUUUUAGGGUGCGCGUGUGUGUGUUUUAAAGAAAAGACUCAUGUGACUGACUAUGUGCCGUUCUUGUUUUGCCCCAUGUCUACGUCUGCUCAGCCUAAGGGGUUACAAACACAGCACAAUUGAGUUUGGGGUUGUUGUUGGGGUUUUGUUUUUCCAUGGAAAGUAUUGUUAUUCCCCACCCUGAUCCUGCACCCACCCGGGAGAUGGCGCUGGGAAGGAGGAUUCGUUUUUGUGAAUAUAAUGUUUCUUUUCACUCUCCCGCCCCCCCCUCUUUUCGGUUAGUUUCAAACAUGUGGAAAUAGCAAAGAAAUGGCUUUUUUUUAAAAAGGAAAAGGGGG